GACAACGGAAUAGCACAUAUUUUCCCAGCGCGCCUCGAUCGAGCAUAAUGGAUUAUUCAAGGUUCCACUUACGGACCCGAUCUUUGCGGAGAGUCGCUCUUAUCUGAUUUAUUUUUGAAAACGGGGCCCCGAAAUGCAGCGAUCGCGCGCAUCCGUGAUUUAACGUUUCUAACCUUCGUCGAAAUGUUUUGGUCAGUGAUCAGUUCCUGUUUGGUAUCAUGCUAGACCAUCGAAGGUGAAAAGUGUAUAUUUUAACCCUAUCGUUUGGUUUAGAUCCAUCGCCGUGAUGACAUCCGAGGAUGACAAGCCACUGCACAAGCAGUUUCUGAGGAUACAGAGAGAGGAAGAAGAGGACACAUGGAUCUCAGGAGAAGAGCUGAAAACGGAAGGUAGCAGCGGAAGCGAUGACGAUGUUCCACGCAGAAAGAUAUCUCCAAGGAAAUCGAGGAGAAGAAGAAGCGAAGGCUACACUCCGGUAGAAUCUCGUCUAUCGUUGCCGAAUCUGGGAGAUAACAAGGCCGGAAUAUCUUUCCACGUGUCACGUCCUGACGAGAAGGACUUCAGAGCCGAGCGAUGUUCCGUAGGAGGAGAUGUGUGCGCUGAUGAGGAGAGAAUGAAGAUGGAAUCGGCGAUGUUGAGAAUGUCCACGAGAUCCUCUCUGGAGAGGACAGAUGAAGAAUGCGAUGUAACUAGGAUUGGCAGCGAUUGGAGGCCGAAAAGGGGCAGUUUGAAGCUGCAGAGCCUGGAGGAAGCAAUGGAGAAAAAGAAAGUUAUCAGAUUUUCUGACGAAGUUGAGAAAAUAGACCCUGUCGACAUUUCGACGGAUCAAAUAGAAUUGAAUGGUUUCAAUUUUGAUGCCUAUAAUACUGACGAUGUAAAUACUGGUCAGGAAAUGACCAGCGAAGAAGAAAACACUUUGAACAUUGAUUAUGAGAAAUGGAAACAGAGUUCGAUUAGUUUCUCUGAUGUUUGCGAAGAUCUAGAUGAUGAUGAUAUAGACAGAUAUGUUAUGAAUAACACUAAUAGUGAAAGCUGGAAACCGAUUCUGAAGGGCAAGCUCAAUUUACCAAAUUUCGAUGGGGAAAAUGUUGACUUAUCAGUGAAACAAUUUGUUUCCGAAAUGAACGUCUUCUACAAUGAGAUGUCGGGUAAAUUGAGGUCGUUGAAAAAUUGCCCAGUGUUGGAAAAUUCUCAGUCGGUAGUUCUUGAUGCGGAUGACGAAAAGUUCAUGGAAAAGGAGAAUUUCAAGAAUCUUUAUAAGAAUUUGAAGAAAACGCCAAAAGUGAAGAAGACUCUCAGUCUUAUAAGUAAAAUGGAUAGUGAUAUUUCAGAAACUAUAUCGAAAUUUCGGGAAGAACGCGCUGAGAGGUUGGAAAUGCAGAAGCAGCUUAUGAAUAAUAUUCCCAAAGACCGAAAUUCUCAGUUAUUUUUACAACUUUGCGAGUUUGAGUCGAGAUCGAGUGAUAAUAUGAAAAAUGCGAAUAAAGAUAAGAGAAAUGAAGUGAAUGAGGCCAGAAAAAGGAAUAGAAAAAAUUAUAACGAUAAAGACUUCAUUGAAAGGAACAAAGAACUGGCUAAGGUGGGAAUGAAUUUUUCACUGUCCGAUGAACAGAAGCAAAGAUUAGAGAAGAUUCUACAAGAUGAAUUGAAAGAUGUUCCAAAUAAUACUGGAGACAGACUUCCUUCAGGUGUGCGAAGAGCUAACAAAAUUCAAGAUUCGAAUGAAACGGAAUAUAGCGAAAAUAAUAUUUAUAGAAACUGUACACUGAAUGCUUACAGACUCAGUGAUGAACAUAAAGGAAGACUCAUAGGGAUAGAUUCCGCACUCAAAGCUUUCGAAGAUGACGAAUCUAAACAAUCAAGCGAAACUAGUAUUGGAGUUGGCUUGGUCAGAUCUUUGAAAGAGAUCGACGAGAAAUUGAAAGCACUCUCAGCUUCUUACAUCCAAGACGAAGAAUCACUGGAAAAAAACAGGAAGAAAGCGUUAGCAAUGGAAAUUGAAAGAGCAGAACAAAAUGUAGAACAAAUACUACAUAACAAAAGUAGCACUGAUAUGACGAUAUCUACAGAAUCCAUUUAGAUAUAACUUUUUAUAUCUGGUUUUUAUUAUAUUUCUAAUAUUUUACAUUAAACUUUGACUUUUUGCUAA